AUGACGUCUGAAAUGUUAGGUGUAAAUAUGGAAUCUCAAAUGCAACUUCAGAUGAUGAGCGAGCAACAGUUGGACUCAGUGAAUGGUGAAGGAAUGACAGUCAUAAUAGGGUCACAGGAACUUGAUGGACAGCAGUUUAAUAUUCAAAAUGGGGUCCAGUAUCAAGUAAUAGACGGACAACAAGUAGUAGUAGGAGAUACUUUGGUACAAAUGCAAAUGUCUAUGUCAUCGUCCGGAGAAUAUGGCGGCCAGAAUUUCCAGACUGAGGGGGGCAUGAUACAAGGAACAGAGCUAGUAUACGGUUCAACACAAGCAACAGAUAUGAAAGCAGAUGGGAUGAAUGGUUCUGUAAUGCAAUCCCAAGAGAUUGCACUUGACAACAAUGGCCAAAUGAUUCAAAUCGAAGGAAUGUCAAUGGGACAAAGCGGAAUGAUGCAAGAAAUGUCUUUUGAAGUGACUGAACAACAAAUGCAGAUGCAGGAAAUGUCCAUGCAGGGAAUGUCUUUUCAAGAUAUGUCAAUGACUAUGGAAGGAAUGACUAUAGAAGGAAUGACUAUGCAAGGAGGAAUGGCUAUGGAAGGAAUGACGAUAGAGGGAGGAAUGACUAUAGAAGGAAUGACUAUGGAAGGUGGAAUGACUAUAGAAGGAAUGACUAUGGAAGGUGGAAUGGCUAUAGAAGGAAUGACUAUGGAAGGUGGAAUGACUGUAGAAGGAAUGACUAUGGAAGGUGGAAUGGCUAUAGAAGGAAUGACUAUGGAAGGUGGAAUGACUGUAGAAGGAAUGACUAUGGAAGGUGGAAUGACUAUAGAAGGAAUGACUAUGGAAGGUGGAAUGACUGUAGAAGGAAUGACUAUGGAAGGUGGAAUGACUGUAGAAGGAAUGACUAUGGAAGGUGGGGGAAUGGCUAUAGAAGGAAUGUCGAUGCAAGAAAUGAAUAUGCAAGAGAUGCCCCUAGAAAUGCAAAGUCAGGAGAUACAAAAUCAAGAGAUUGCAUUUGAAGGAGGCGAGAUCCAGGAACAGCAACUUGAGAUGAGUGAGAUGACUAUGCAAGGAAUGCCAUUGGAGAUAAGUGGAGGAGAAAUGCAGACGCAAGAAUUCUCAAUGCAAGAAAUGGGAAUAGUUAUGCAAAGUCAAGAAAUAGCAUUAACGGGAGGAGGGAACGAGCAGCAAUUGGAGAUGAAUGCUAUGACAAUACAAGAAAUGUCAGCUGUGGACGGUGAGUACCAAAUUGAAACGAGUGAACUGACGGUACAAGAGAUUCCACUGGAUAUGGUCGGGGGUGAGACCCAGAUACUGGAAAUGUCAAUGCAGGAAAUGCCUUUGGAAAUGCAAAGUCAAGAGAUAUUAGCCGUGGACGGUGAGUACCAAAUUGGAAUGAGUGAAAUGACGAUACAAGAAAUACCACUGGAUAUGGCUGCAGGAGAAACCCAAAUUGUGGAAAUGUCUAUGCAGGAAAUGCCUUUGGAAAUGCAAAGUCAAGAGAUAUUAACUGUGGACGGUGAGUACCAAAUUGGAAUGAGUGAAAUGACGAUACAAGAAAUACCACUGGAUAUGGCUGGAGGAGAAACCCAAAUUGUGGAAAUGUCUAUGCAGGAAAUGCCACUGGAAAUGCAAAGUCAAGAAAUUUCCAUUGUGGAAGGGGCCGAAAUCCAAGAACAGCAAUUUGAGAUGAAUGAAAUGACAAUUCAAGAAAUACCACUGGAUAUGGCUGGAGGAGAAACUCAGAUAAUGGAAAUGUCCAUGCAGGAAAUGCCACUGGAGAUGCAAAGUCAAGAAAUUUCCAUUGUAGGAGAAGCCGAAAUCCAAGAACAGCAAUUUGAAAUAAAUGAAAUGACAGUUCAAGAAAUACCACUGGAUAUGGCUGAAGGAGAAACUCAGAUAAUGGAAAUGUCCACGAAGGAAAUGCCACUGGAAAUGCAAAGUCAAGAAAUUUCCAUUGUAGGAGAAGCCGAAAUCCAAGAACAGCAAUUUGAGAUGAAUGAAAUGACAAUUCAAGAAAUACCACUGGAUAUGGUUGGAGGAGCAACUCAGAUAAUGGAAAUGUCCAUGCAGGAAAUGCCACUGGAGAUGCAAAGUCAAGAAAUUUCCAUUGUAGGAGAAGCCGAAAUCCAAGAACAGCAAUUUGAGAUGAAUGAAAUGACCAUUCAAGAAAUACCACUUGAUAUGGCCGUGGGAGAAACUCAAACGUUGGAAAUGUCUAUGGAGGAAAUGCCCUUGGAGAUACAAAGCCAAGAGAUUUCCGUUGUGGAAGGGGACGAGAUCCAAGAACAGCAAUUUGAGAUGAGCGAAAUGACGAUUCAAGAAUUACCAUUGGAUAUGGCUGGGGGAGAAACUCAAACAUUGGAAGUGUCUACGGAAAAAAUGCCCUUGGAGAUAGAGAGUCAAGAAAUUUCCGUUCUAGAAGGAAGCGAGACUCAAGAACAGCAAUUGGACAUAAGUGAAAUGACUAUACAAGAAACGCCGUUGGAUAUGGCUGGGGGAGAUAUACAGACACAAGAAAUGUCUAUUCAGGAAAUGUCUUUGGAGAUGCAAAGCCAAGAAAUCUCAGUUGUGGAAGGGGGUGAGAUGCAGGAGCAGCUGUUUGAGAUGAGUGAGAUGACUAUACAGGAAAUGCCGCUGGAUGUGACUAGUGGAGAUGUUCAGACUCAGGAAAUGUCUUUGCAUGAACUACCACUGGAGAAGCAAAGUCAAGUAGUUUCCGUUGUGGAAGAGGGAAAAAUUAAAGCAGAGCAGUUAGAAACCACCGUACAAGAAAAGCCAUUAGAACAGAACAAUGUCAGGAAAGUUACUGAAAGUCAGAAACAAGUCCGGUUGGAUAAUAGUCUCAAUCAAGAGGAGCAAGCUCCUGUGGAACAGAUAGCAGAAGAAGAAGCUGUAUCGAAUAUUGGAGAAUCCAGCUGGAGUAUAGAGGUAAUAGGAACGUUAGAGGAACAAGAGCUGGAACGAAGUUGGAGCAUGGAAGUAGUUGGAACAAUUGAUGACCAGGAAAAUGACAAAAGUUGGAUUACAGGAGAAGGAAGCCAGAUAUCCUCCAACGGACUAACCCAAGAAACAGUUUCGAAAGACAUUAGUCAGGAAAAUGAAAAACCCGUCGAGAAGAAGCAACACAAUCAGGUGAAACCUGAAGAGGUGCGGUCUAUCGAUGACGUUGCAUCAGUUAUUGACAACAGCAAGAGCGAAGAAACGAAGUCUCACGGAGGUGAUAAAAAGGUUGGUAGCAAAAAAACCAAGUCAGACCAAACUGAGGUAACACAGAAAGAGACCUAUGAUCACAACAUAGUGAUAGAACAAUUUCUGGAAAGGAUUACCAAACUUGAAAAAGAGAAAGAGUAUUUGGAAGGACGUUACGACGAACUACGACAAGAGAGGGAAACUUUGGUGAUAUCAAGUAGGGAAAGGAUGCAAAAGACGGAAGAUCAUCACCAUUGUUGCGAUAUAUUGAAAGACUAUAGUAGCUUGAUCGAGUACAUCACUACUCCGAGGGAUGUCUCUUUACAGGAUCAUAGUAAUUUACAUGGAUGUGAUUUUACCCAUACUUACGACGUUCAUGAAAGUGUUAGAGAGAUUAGUAGGAAUUCAAGCCAACUGUCUAAUGACUAUGAGUACUAUAAAUCCAAGUGCGAUCAAAUAAAACGUGAAAAGGAACGCCUGGAGAGAGCUUAUGAAAACGAAAAGAAGCAGAAAGAGGAGUUUGAAAGGGAAUACCAAACUGAAAACGACGAAAAGGUUUACCUCGAAGAAAGGUACCAAGAAAUGUUGGAGAGCAUAAAUCGAUUUGAUGAAACCAUUCGUUCCCUGAGACGUGACAAUGAAUGCUUACAGAGCAAACUAAACGAGUGGGCGUCAUCUCAAGCUAGGACAAACACACUGGACAUGGGCACGCUCACAUCAGAUCAAGAUAACGAUGGUGAAGAUCUUCCGGAAUAUAAGAAAAAUAUUCUUGCGUUAGAGAAAGAGAACAGAGAAUUCAGGUCAAUUCUGGACGUCUUAAGUAAAAAAAAUGAAAGCCAAGAAAGUUUGAAGAACAUUGAAAUUGGACUGGCUCGAGAGAACGAAUUUAUUGAGUUAAAGCGAGAAAGAGUGAGGUUAGAGGGGAACAUGAGAGAGUUGAAACGAACAAACAAGCAUCAACAGAAUAGGAUAGAAGAUAUUCGAAAGGAAUCGUCAUUAGAGAUUUCUAAAUUGAAAGAUAAAAUCCGAAAAUUGGAAUGGUCUCUAAGAGAAAACAAAAAAACCCUAGAUGAUAAGGAAGACGAGAUUUCUGGUCUGAAAAAACGACAUUCAGAAGAACUUCGUAGCAUUGAUAUGAGACUGCAGAGUCAGAUUUCAAACACACUACUGGCAAAGAGCCAACUAAAGGAUUUACAAUCCAAAAUAGAACGGCUGGAGGAAGAAAGGAACAGACUAAGAGAGGACUUGAGAAGUUCAUUUGUGGGUAGCAGGGAUCGACAUUCAGGCGUAGACUUGGAUUACCAGGAUAUUGAAAUGGUGCGUCAAAAGUACGAAGAAGAAAAAAGAAGCAAGAUGAGUCUUGCUAACGACAUAAAGUAUCUGCUUGCUGACAUCACGGACCUUAAAGAAAGAAACCACAGACUACAGGAAGAUUUUCUUCGAGAGAGAAUGGAAAUAAAAGCGAUGAUAGAAAAACAGGCCAAUGAAAUUACUCAAGAAUAUCUCUCACAGAUCAGCAAAUUGCAGAAAUCACUGAUAGAUGAAACGAAACGAAGGCAAGAGGCGGAAGCUGGCAGAAAUGGGCCGAUAUACAGCCGCGAAAAUCAUACCACCUUUCCAGGUACUCAGACUGACGUGAAUUCCAGAACUGGUCGGGGUGACGAUGAUAUCCAGGUGCAGCUAACAAACGAGAUAAGACGACGGGAAAACCUAGAAGCGGAGAAUAAGAAACUCCUAUAUAAACUAAAUGAAAUUCUAUCGGCUGAUGGGAAUCACGAAGGACUUGACGAUGCUAAUUUCAAAUUGAUCAGUUCGAGAGGAAAUGAAACACACAAUGUAGGGUCCUCAAAAUAUAACCAAGAAAGUGUUAAAAAACGACAAGAACUGCAAAGUGAAAUAGAUGAUCUUCAUGAUAAGCUAGAGGUGUUGAAAAACGAAGCUAAGAAGAACAAAGAACUCAAGAGGAAAAAUGAAGAUCUUGAGGAAGAAGUCGCUCGAGUGACUCGAAAGCGAGAUGAACUCUUAGCUGGCCAGAGAAACCUCACUCGCGAAGUUGACCAUUUGUCCCGCACCCUGGAUGACGUGGAAAGGCGAAAUAGGAAGCUUUCUGAUGAAACUGAACGAUUCACGCGGAAGAUCCAAGAUCUUGAAGAUUCAUUCCGUCAAGAAAAGAUAACUUUGACAAGAAAUCACGAGAAUGAAAAGGUAAGCGCCGUAGAGGUAGUAGUAAAGGCAAAAGAAGCUUGCGAGAAAAGACUUCAGGCGCAAACAGAAACAACAAGAAGGCUGGAGGAGAAAAUAAGACGCCUAGAAGAACAACUAUCGGCAAGCGUUGGAACCCAAAGGGAGGGCUCCCGUACCACACUCAAUUCGCAUAACGGCGUUUCUGGAGAUCUUAGGAGACGCACCACUGAUUCACAUGACGACAAAUUAAAAGAAGAGGUGGAACAUUUAGAGGCCAUGUUAAGAGAUGCUAAUAGGAAGCAUGCAGAUGAUCUCAAGAAUCUUGAGGCACAAAAAAGACGGAUGUCAGAAGAGUUUGAAAGAGAGCGGCAGUCUUUGGAAAACUACUUUGAGAAAGAGAAUAGUAGCCUGAAACAAAGGCUCUACGAUGUUGAGUCGACUAUCCGCGGUGACGGUAUGGGGAUUAUUGCCACGGGAGGAGAAAAUAGAGAACACAGUCUUAUAACUUCAGAAAGGAGAUCGUCGUUAAGCAAAGACGGAGUGAAAGAAUUACCUCAAUUUCAAUCAAGGAAAGAAAAAUACAGCGAGAAAUCCAAGGAAAGUGAGUUUCAGCAAAAACUUCAAGGGAUGGAACAAAGAUAUAAUGAAGAGAAGAGAGAUAUUUUGAAUCGAGCAUCAAAAGAGAAGGCAAAAUUAGAGGACGAAGUAAGAGAGGCCAAGGAGAAAUUAACCGGCUAUCGCCGUUUACUCGAAGACGAAAUCGACGACUUGAAAAGGAAGCAUCGAAAAGAGAUAGAUUUCCUGAACGAAAAGUUAUCGAAACAGAGAGGUGAGUUCGAGGAAAGACUUCGUAUUGGAGAACGCAACGAAUCAAGAGGCGUGGUCGGCGGGUCAACCAUUCGUGAAAACUCAAAUCAAUUUGAUCCGAUUAACAUGACGCGAAGAGAAGAUGGCGUGGGAAAGAACAAAGUUCCCAAAGCAUUGGUUGGAACCUCGGGGACGCAGGAAGAUAGAUAUCGCUUUGAAAAAUUAGAUAUAACCCCUCACCAAGAACUCGGGAGUCUAAAUAAUUUUAGUGAUAGGGACGGAAGGUCAACUACAAUAACAGGCCGAUAUGCUUUGGAAGAUGACAAUAGAAUUGGAAGAGGAAGAGCAACUGCUGAAGAUGCCAUGGGAGGAAGAGCUGGUUUAGAAAAUGAAACUGUAAUGUUUAAGGAGGAAACGAGAGAUUACCAAAGCCAGUUGCAAAACGAAAAGAGGAAGCUGAUGGAGGCCAUACAUUCUCUGACACAGGAGGUCAACUCUCUUAAAAGUGAGAAUAGAGAAGUGAAGAACUGCUUCAAGAAAGAAAUGGAAAAGCUUAUCAAAAUUAGCGACAGCGAAAAGAAAACCAUUCGCGAUAGAGCAGCAAGAGAUAAAGACGACGAAGUAACACGGGUAACAGAAAGCUAUGAAGAAAAAUUGUCCUCUGAACGAAAAAGACUGCAAGGAAUCAUUGAUGAAUUUAGACGAAAGAUGACAUUAACAGAAAAAAAAGUCAGGAAUAUGGAAGCCCAACAACGGAAUGAGAGAAUACAGUACCAGGAAGAAAAAAUAAAUGCUGAAAAGAGCCUUCUCCAAAGUCACGAUGAGUUAAAGAUGAAAUUGGAGCGAGAUUACAAAAAGAUGCUGAUUGAGGAGAAACAAAAAUUUGAGCAGACAAUAAAGGGAUUAACGAAACAAAUAUCUUUCCUGCAAAAUCAGAGGAGAGAAAUUCAAGAUAAGUUGCUAAAGAACGAGUUAACAGCCAAUGCUCAGGCAAAAACACAACAGGAGUCAAGAAGCAGGAUGGUAAUUCAGAUGGAGCACGAGAUCUUUGAGCGAAUGGAACGCGAAAAAAGGCCCAUGGAAGAUAAGAUUAAAGACCUUCAACAAGAAAUCAACAAGUUGAAGAGGGAAAAAUCUGAAUUACGUGAUACUCUGGAAGGUGAAAAGCAAGAACUUGAAAAUGAGCUAGACAAAAUGCAAGCAGAGAUGAAGAGAAAGCUCAGCAAGGCGAGAGAGGAUGUGGAGAGAAAUACGAACGUUACAGGGAAACAUAUGAUGGCAACAACAAUAAAAAGUGUCCUUGUUGGUUCCGAAACGAGUCAUCACUGUGCUCAAUCUGAUGUUCGACAAUACAAGGAGCAAAUCAACUUGAUGGAACAACGGAACAUGACUCUUCAAACCAAAACAGAGAGGCUGGAGCGCGAGCUCAGAGUUAUGGGCGACAGAUUGAAAACUCUGGAAGUACGAAACAAGGAUUUAGAAUUUGCUAACAGAGAAGAAAUGAGCAAUAGAAACGACGUAUUCCGGUCGGGUUUUGGACUUUAUGGAGAAUCAGACAUCCGCGGAGCCAACCACCUUUCAAUUGGCUCAACAAUUAGUGGCAUGAGGUCGGAGGCCAGAAUGUUCCAGCCAAACUUUUCUCCAAGAAUGAGCUCAGCUAAUGCCAGUUCUUUGCUGGGUUCAGGGCUAUCCUAUGGCGACAUUUUAGACAAGGUUCGGUGUACAAUGCACACCACAGGAAGUAUUUCUGACGCUCUCAGGGGUCCAAUGUCAAGCACAAGUGGAAUAGUCAGCGGAAGGUUCCAUGGGGAUACAAACUCUGCGCUAAGGCAAGGUGAUCCAAUAACACGAGGAAUGCGUAAACAAUCAACGAUAUCUUCUCUGGGAGUCACAAAUGUCGAAGUUAGCAGUUCUCUCGGUAAUGCAGGUGGAAAUUUGACAGCUGAAGGAGUCGGAGGCGACUCUUAUGGCAAAGAAGGGAAUCAUUAA